GCGCCAGCUCAUGCACCAAAACAAGCAACAGCACAGACACUAGCACCAGCAUUAGCAACAGCACCAGCACAAGCAACCGCAAAAGCACCAUCACCAGCACUAGCACUAGUACAAGCACCAGAUCAAGCACUGGCACCGGCCCAAGCUCCAGCACAAGCACCAGUACAAGAACCAGAACAAACACAAGCACCAGCACCAAUACUAGUACCAGCACAAGAACCAGCACAAGCACCAGCACAAGCACCAGCACCAGCACUAGCACCGGGUCUCACACAAGCAACAGCACCAGCACUAACACCACCACCACCACCAGCACUAGCACUAAGCUACAGGACAGACACAAGCGCCAGCACCAUCACCAACACCAGCAACAGCAGAAGCAACGGCACAGGCACCAGCAUUAGCACCAGCAACAGCACUAGCACCAGAAGCAGCACCAGCUCCAGCACUAGUAAAAGGGACCAGCACAAGCGCCAGCACCAGCACAAGGAAAGCACCAACAACAGCACCGGCACUUCCACCAGGACAGGAAGACGCGCCAGCGGGAGCACAAGCAACGGCACAGGCAGCAGCACCAGCACCAGUUCAAGCACUAGUACAGGCACCAGCACAAGCGCCGGCACUGGCCCACGCAUAAGCACCAGCACCAAAAACCAGCACCAGCAACAAGCACGGGUACAAGCAUCAACACAAGCACAAGCACAACUACCAGCACUAGCACUAGCCCUAGAACUAGUACAAGCACCAGCACAAGCACCGCCACAACCACCAGCACCAGCACCUACACCAGAAGCAGCACCAGCAACAGCAGUAGCACUAGAGCAAGAACCAUGUCAAGCGCAAACAAAAGAGCCGGCACCAGUCCAAGCACCAUCACAAGCACCGGUACGAGCACCAGCAUAAGAUCCAGCACAAGCACAAGCA